AUGCCCUUCCUCUUCGUCCUCGCGGCAACCGCAUUGCUACUUCCCGUCAGCAUCAGCGUCGACCUCACAUCCGCCGCGCACGCCGGCUUCCACGUCCAGUUCCCAUGGAUGACACGCGGUCCAAACCCCAGGAUCCGGCCUGAGUUGGAUGGGUACAAUCCUUUCUGCAGGAAGAUCGUGCGCAACCCCCAAGUAUACCCCCGCCGCUCUCGCAGUUUCCUCUCCUUCUCCGGCCAUCCCGGUGACCUAGUGACGGUCCUCUAUACCACAAAUAGAGUGCCUAGGCAGAGAGAUGACUUCCCCUACAUGAUUCUGCGGGAUGUGCCCAUCCAGCCUUCGGGCCAGCUGUGUGUCAACGUCACAAUACCAUUUCAGACCAAGGCCAACGAGAUGGGGGUCAUGUACUUCGAGGCGAAGGACCCGAAGACGGAAAAUGUCGAACACUAUUGCUCCGAUGUCGAGAUGGCUGAUAUAGAGGCUCUUCCGGAGGAGCAUCCGGCUAUGUGUGCGGCUAACAACGAGACGCUUAUCCCGAUGCCGGAUGAGUUCCUGUAG